AUGGAGCCUGUUGGAGCCUUUCUUGAUGAAGAAUGGGAAUCAUUGAGCAAAAUGUUUUCCAGUGAAGAUUCUGAUUUCAUGCUGAAUUUGCACGGCAGUGACUUGUUUUCGAAUGAAGGUGAAAACGGGUUGAGCUUCUUGGCUAAUUAUACUGAAGAAAAUGUGGCUGCUGGGGUUGAGGAUGCUGUAUUCUUUCCCUUGGAUACUCUUGACAGUACUACUAACUUUUACUAUGUUUCUCAAGAAAGUAGCAAUAGCAGUGCUGAAGUUGACAAAGUCUUGUUUCCCAAUCAAGAAAAUAUUAUUAAUUUCCCAGAUCGUGUAAUAAGUGACACAACCGAUGAUCAGUCCACUCGUUUUUCUGAUAAUCGUAAUUUAUUAAUGAUUCCGGAUUGUUCUGGAAAUCAUGUGAUGGAAGACCAUUUGGGCAGUGGAAAUAUGGGCUAUGUAGAAAUGGGUGAUUAUGUCAAGGAAAUGCAGUCCAGGAGGAAGUCUGAAACUCCAGAAGAAAAAAUGGAGGAAAAUUCAUAUGAAAGUCCUAAGAAAAAAUCUAGGGCUUCUGGAACUGCAUCAAGGAAUAAGAACAAGAAAGUUACUCAAAAUAGCAACGAAGAAUUAAAAGAGACUAAUGGUGGAGGAAGUGGCCCGACUUCCAGUAGUUGCCUCUCUGAGGAUGACUGCAAUGGCUCUCAAGAACUAAAUGAAGGGGAAAAAUCAGAAUCCAAAGCCUCAGACAGUCUUAAAUCAAAUGGAAAAGCAAGAUCCAGCAAGGGUUCUGCAACCGAUCCUCAAAGCCUUUAUGCAAGGAAAAGAAGAGAAAGGAUUAAUGAGAGAUUGAGAAUCUUGCAGAACAUUGUCCCAAAUGGAACAAAGGUUGACAUUAGCACAAUGCUCGAAGAGGCUGUCCAUUAUGUAAAGUUUUUACAGGUUCAAAUUAAGUUAUUAAGCUCUGAUGAUCUGUGGAUGUAUGCUCCUAUUGCAUACAAUGGCAAGAACAUUGGCCUUUAUUAG